AUGUCGGUUCCGAUUCCCCGGCAGUACGUCACCUCCACGGAUGAGCUGCAAUCUCUGCUGGCCACCUACGGGGGCAAGCCCGUCGUCUCCAAGGCGAAGGUGGUGGGUAUGCACUUCCAGUUCGCCAGCCCCGAAAAUGACUCACCGUAUUCCGACCGCGUCGUCGCCUUCGUCGCUGGUAGCAACUCGCCCGAUGGGAUGGCGGUUGUGCUGCAACUCGUGGACUUAGAGCCACAGCAGGUGGUGGCAGGCUUGAAGACCUUGCUGGAAGACGCCGAGACAAUCAAGAUCAUGUUCGACCGCUAUGGCUACGGGCUCAGCAACAGCGUCGCGCUCGAGAACUGUGUUGAUCUUCAGCUGCUGUACCAAAACCGGGUGGACCCGACCGUGGCCCAUGCGAGUCUCACUCAGAUUUCGUCCCAUUUCGGCUCGUCAGCUGCAAAACUGGGGCUGGAAGUGGACGCCUUUAGCUCAAAGCUGAGUCCUCGUGCGUGGUUGAAGUCCCCAUUGGAUCCUUUGGUGCUGAGGCACUUGGUGGAUAUCGUCAAGACGCUCGUGCGCUGCUACCAUGGCGAGUUUGGCACUGGUCUGAAGAAAUGCCAAGAGGAGGUGUGGCCUCUUGCAUUGAUGACGAGCAAGUGCUGGAACUCCGCUGUACAGAACUCAGCUGGGGAAACGAGUGUGCCUGCUUCUACUGUGACAGUGGCGCGUGAUGUGACGUGGACGUCCGUCUGCCAAUGA